UCUAAGCAAAAGGAACUCAUCUUCAUACAUAUAUAUUUUACCUUUCCUUCUUAAUUAGGCAUGAGCGGAGUGAAGUACUGCUCGCCCAGCUCCACCUCAUCUCCACCAAGGAAGAAAAGAGGGAGAGUCGACCAGGCAGGGUCUCCAUUAGAGUAUCCGUACCCUUCUGACGUCAAUGUAGCCAACUUUGUUUUCAUCAAGCUGUCUGGUAAAAGCAAUUAUAGUCAGUGGCUGGAAGACAUGGAAUGCCUUCUGAAGACCAAUCAUAUGUACGAUUUCGUCGAUGGCAAAUUAAAAAACCGGGUGCAGAUCGAUGGCAGCUCUAAAAAGAUGGAAGAUAGGACUGAAAGUGAUUGGUCAUGGAAAAGGUCGGACGCACUUGUGAAAGCAUGGAUAUUUGGUUCAUUGUGUGAAGAUGUGAUGGAUGUUGUUAUCGGCCUUUCCACAGCUAAUGAUGUAUGGACAAAGCUAAAGUCUACUUAUAGUACUCCUUCGGCUGCUCCCAUGACCAACCCUAAUCAGGCAAAGUACGUACCACUCUAUAGAGCUACUCUAAAUGGCGACUGGAAGAAAGCCCAACAAAUGUUCAUCGUGGACAGAGAUGCGUUGACGUGUAAACUCAAUGACGAUAACGAAAGCCCACUCCAUGUUGCAAUUGGUACAUGUCAAAAUAACCACUUUGUUAAGGAACUACUGGAUGUGAUAACCCCGGCCUCACUUCCAACCCUGCUAACAGUUAGAGAGUCGAACCCACUGCACCACGCUGCAUUUGUUGGCAACGCAAGGGCAGCAGAGAUGUUGGUGAAGAAAAAUCAACAUUUGUUAUUCCUUCCUGACAAGAAGAAAUGCUUACCUAUCCUUAGAGCUAUUAUGGGUUCUCACAUAGAAACUUUUCUAUAUUUACUCGAUGUUACUAGAUGUCAUAUUAGUCUUUCCGAAGAAGAAGGGUGUCACAAUCCCUUUGAGGGCGUGAAUGGUUGUACGCUUUUCACAAGGGUAAUCACUGCAGGUCUUUGGGAGGCUGCAUUUGGAUUAAUAAAGGACUACCCGAAAAUGGCUACAGAAAAUAACGGGAAAUCAGCUCCAUUGAAGUUUAUUGCUGAAAAGUUCAAGGGAUAUUUUAAUGGAAAAUCAUACAACUUUUAUCAAAGAUUUGUUUAUUCCCAUGUACCCAUAGAGAAUUGCGGCGUAAUCAAAGGACGUGAGUCAACAGAUAUCGAGAACCAAGAAACACAUAAGAGGGAAGAUGCCGCCAAACAUUUGCGGAGCUGCUUCCACCCUGUCAUCGAGAGGAUUUACCGCAAUUUUUGGCAAGUUUCCCUACAACAUGUGCCACACAUCAAGAAACUCCAGGAAGAGAAAGUGAAGUACGAGAAUGCUCUUUUGGUAAUGAAGCGUACAUGCGAAGAAGUUGGUAAACUACUUAGAUUUUGUGAAAUUCGUGAACAUUACCUGGUAGCAAUUAAUACGGCAGUUAAGUAUGAUACUUGUGAAGUAGUAGAAGAGAUUAUCACAUAUUUUCCACAAGCAAUUUCGACCUGGGACAAUGAGUAUCCCCUUAUUCAACUCGCAAUAAUAAACCGUUCUGAAAGGGUUUAUAGCUUUUUGGCACACCGAGCGAUGACUAACAAACAUCGAUAUAAACUAUGGGUUGACGAACACAAAAAUAAUAUUUUACACAUAGCUGGAAAGUUGGCACCUAUAGACAAACUCAAUCUAGUUUCUGGUGCAGCUCUUCAAAUGCAAAGAGAGUUACAAUGGUUUGAGGAAGUGAAAAAAAUUGCAUGUCCAUGGCACGAGAAUAAAAAGAACAAUAAACUAGAGAAACCAAUUAUGCUGUUCAGAAGAGAACAUAAACAGUUGAGAAAAGAAGGUGAAGAAUGGAUGAAGAAGACUGCAGACUCUUACACAAUCACAGCUGCGCUCAUAAUUACCAUCGUUUUUGCAGCCGCCAUCACUGUUCCUGGUGGAACUGAUGACAACACUGGGAAAACAAUUUAUGCGACAAAACCAAGUUUCAUCAUAUUUGCAGUCUCAGAUGCAAUCUCAUUGUUCACAUCUACUACUUCCUUACUUUUGUUUCUAUCCAUUCUCACAGCACGCUAUGCAGAGGAGGAUUUUCACCACAAGUUACCUAAGAGACUAAUAUUUGGCCUUACGAUGUUAUUUUUGUCGGUGACCUCAAUGAUGGUAGCUUUUAGUGCAACAUUGUAUCUUAUGUUUGGACAGGGAAAAGCAUGGAUCUUGAUUCUGAUAGCUAUAUUAACAUGUCUGCCAAUUGCUUCCUUCGUGACAUUACAAUUACCAUUGCUUGUCGAUCUCAUCUCCUCAACAUAUGGUCGUGGAAUCUUUGUUAAACGUUGUGACUGUAGGAUCAAACAAUCAUGAAAUUGGUGGUGCAAUGGGAGAAAUGUUGUUUUGUUAUUUGAUAAUGUCUUGUCUAACGUCUGUGGUGACAGUGUUUAUUCUGAUGGUAUAAGACCUAUGUUGUUAUCAGCUUUAAUUAUAUUUGUGUCAUCAUCUUCUUAAAAGAA